AUGUAAAAAAAAAUAGAAUAUAUAUUGGGAAGUAUAAGCUGUGCUUUGAUUAUUUUGCUUUGCAGCGAUUUUAAAGUUUGGAGCAUCAUAAAUACAUAUGCUUACAGCUAUUUAAGAUAGUUUAAUCCUUCACUCUAAAUGAAUGACGUAAAUGGCAUAUUUUUUUGGAUCAGUUUUGCAACAAGUACAGGCAUUCAGUCUGGGCUUUAUUUUGCAUAUAAAUUUGGAUUUAGAAGAAUGUUAAUGCUUAACGGUUUAAUAUGCUCCUUGUUUGUUUUUUGUUCAUCUUUUUGUACCAACUUUUAUGCUUUUACCUUUACAUUUGGUGUAGGCAACGUAUUUUUUGGUGGAUUAAUUUAUCUAAUAGCUUUUGAUAGAGCCUAUAAAAUAUUUCCUAAUCAUAAAGAAAUAUCAUGUGGACUUCUAAAUGUGAUGUUUGGAGUAGGAAUUCUUGGUUAAGGAUAAUUAUACUUUUUAUUGAUAAACAAAAACGAUAUUCAUUUAGUUGAAGAUCAAGAUUACUAUCCAUCAGAAGUGGCUGAUAAUGUGCCUUGGGCUUUAAGAUAUGCAUCUAUUGUUUAUGCAUCCUUAGUUAUAAUCUCGGUUUUAUGCUAUAGGCCAAGCUUAUUUCAAGAAAAGGCAUCAAUGGUUGGCUUUGAUAGCACAAACGAUCCAUAAUAAUCUGCUAUUUCAGGAGAUGUUUCAAAUUAGGGAUAUCAAAGCUUUAAUGACGAGGAGCUUUGGAACAAUGAUCAUUGGUAAUUAUAGACCAUAUGGGUAGUAAUUUAUAAGUAGUGA